AGAUUACUCGUACCUUCGUUGAUUUCCCGGCAUGCCAAAUUGAUACAGUACUACAAGAUGGCGCAGGCUAUAUUUGAAGCGUUAGAAGGCAUGGACAACCAGACAGUCCUGGCUGUUCAGUCACUAUUGGAUGGGCAGGGGGGGGUCCCAGAUCACACCAGUCAGAGUGUCUCUGGCACUGCCACCAUACAGUCAAUGGCAGAUGACGAGGACGUGUUUCUGUGCGGGAAGUGCAAGAAGCAGUUCAACUCGCUGACCGCUUUCAUGACGCACAAGCGUGAGCAGUGCCAGGCCAGCACCCCCUCCUUGGCCACUGUGUCGCUGGCGUCCAGCAACUCCUACACACCCGUCCCCUCCAUCAGCUCUGUGCCACAGACCCCCGCCAGCAGACAGGUGUCCACCUACAUCACCGUUCCCCAGUCCCCACUCACUCACACCCUUGUCCAGGGGAACGUGCUGGUCAGCGACGACGUCCUGAUGUCAGCCAUCUCUUCCUUCACCUCCAUGGACCAGCCCAUGAGCGCCAUGCAGCCGCCCAUCCAGAGCAAUUUGAGCAUGCAUACAGGUGCGUCGUAUCUCCAGCAUCCCCCGCCCCCUCCUCAUCCGCACCCGCAUCCACAUCCACAUCCGCCACCACCCAGCCACCCGCAGCCCCUCUCCUCACAGGUGCAGGCCAAUAACAGCAGCUCUGUGGUGCAAGUGUACAGCACAUUGCCCCCUCUGGCAGGGAAUGGAAGUGCAGAAGUUCAGACACUGGCCUUGCAGCAGUUCCAGCAGGUGUCCAGCCAGUGUGUGGAGAGCCAGGUGUUUACCACACCCCCGGUCUACAGUCCUGGAAAACAAGGAUUGAAGACGAAGACCAGUAGCAUCACCAACUCCCUGAACAACAGCAGCCCAGCGGAGCUAGGCAGCUUUGACCAAACCGCCAAGGCACGGCGGCCCAGAAACAGCAUCGAAGGACCAGAAGGCGGUCCCAUGAAAGGCAAAGCCCAAAAGCUGAAAUGUAAUUUCUGUGAGAAGACUUUCACCAAGAACUUUGAUCUGCAGCAACAUAUCCGCAGCCACACAGGAGAGAAACCCUUCCAGUGCAUCGUGUGUGGUCGUGCCUUCGCACAAAAGUCCAACGUCAAGAAGCACAUGCAGACGCACAAAGUGUGGCCCGCGGGCAUGGGCACCACAGUGUCCCGUCUGCCCAUCACCAUCAAGGUGGUGCCAGUGAGCGCUGACGAGGGCACAGGGCAGGCUGGCGAGGAGGAGGAGCGCCACCCAGGGGAGACAGAGGAGAGGGACAGAGACCCUCAUAUGGAGAUGGACGGCCAGUCCGGUAAAACCGGAAAGUUGCAGAGCAAGCAAAUCGUGCUCAUCGACAGCUCCUAUCAAUGCCAGUUCUGUGCCAGCAAGUUCAGCACCUAUUUCCAGCUGAAAUCUCACAUGACUCAGCACAAGAAUGAACAGGUGUACAAGUGUGUGGUGAAGUCCUGCUCUCUGACCUUCCAAAAGCUGGACCUCUUCCUGGAGCACAUUCGCACACACCAGGAGCAGCUCACCUACCGCUGCCACCUGUGCAGCAAGGUCUUCCCCUCGCUGUUCGAGCUGGGUGUGCACCAGUACUCACACAACCUCUGCCAGCAGCAGAGCCCUCGCAAGGAGCCCAGCUUCUACAGGUGCCCAAAGUGCCAGAGCAGGUACUCAACACAAGAAGCUCUGGAACAGCACCUCCAAACUGCAUCCCACAAUUUCCCAUGUCCCCACUGCCAAAAGGUGUUCCCCUGUGAGAGGUACUUCCGUCGACACCUUCCCACUCACGGCGUGGGGGGAAAGUUUAAGUGUCAGAUCUGCAAGAAGUUCUUCAAGACGGAGCACUAUCUUAAACUGCAUGCCCGCAUCCACUCAGGUGAGAAGCCCUACAAGUGUACUGUGUGUGAUGCCACAUUCAACCGCAAGGACAAAGUGAAGAGGCACAUGCUCAUCCAUGAGCCCUUCAAGAAGUACAAGUGUCCCUUCAGGACCCAUGCUGGUUGCGCAAAAGAGUUUAACAGGCCGGACAAGCUGAAGGCACACAUAUUGUCCCACUCUGGAAUCAAGCCCUACAAGUGCCAGUACUGUCAGAAGGCUUUCAGCCGGCGGGCUCACAUGUUGGAGCACCAGCGGUCGCACACGGACAACUAUCGCUUCCGCUGUCCCACCUGCAGCAAGGGCUUCACCAGGCACAAGUACUACAGGGACCACAAGUGCCCGCAGGCCGGCGGGGCUGCAGGGGACGGCGUGGACAGCAAGGGGGGCCCCAAGAAGAAGCCGCCACGCUCCAGGAAGGCUGGGGGCAAUGCCAAGGGCAGCGGGGAGGCCGGACUUCCCGGAUCGAAGGGUGGGCACGACAGGAAGGGGACGGUUGGCCACACGGAGGAGGGGGAAGGGAGGCUACAGGCACCGCGGUCUGUGCUGUCCAUUGUUGGGGGGGAGAAGGGAGGCGGAGGAGCGGGGCAGGGGGAGGAUGAGGAGGAGGAGUCUGGAAUUGUCGCAGGCGAGAAUUCGGAAGCCAUGCAGAGCACUACAGACCUGACCCAGCUCCAGGCUGGUGCUGACGCCACACUGCUGACAGUGCCCGUGUUCAUAGAGACGGUGGACUGAAUUUGUGGACACUGCCGAUCACCGAUGGGGCAGCACUAGUCUGUGGGUUCCACUGGAGAACAAGAGAUCAUAACUCCGGCUUAGUGCUCCAGCGGAGAGCUGGAAAGGAGAUUGGGAUCCUUGCUGGACUAAACAACCUGUUACGUUCCAAAGGACCAAAGUAUACCAAAAGUAUGUGUAUGCUUCAUAAGAAAUGGUUGCAUCAGGGCUCAGGUUACAAAUACAGAUCAGAGUAUCAGUUAGUCCAAAAGGGCAUUUGGUACUUAAAGAUUUUCCAGGAUGUUUUAUAUUAAAACGUUAUGACUUGGCCAAAUUUACAGGUAUACUUUUUGUACAUAAGAAAUAGAGCAUUCAUCAAAAGCAGUAUAAUACUGCAGUUAAAAUGCCAUACACAUUAUUUAUAAGAUACCAGUUUUUUUUAAUGUUUUUACACUUUUAAUUUUGGCAUCUGAUAAUUUCAUUUCUCAAAAUAAAGGCUUGUUGCUGCUAAGAGAUGCAGAGCUGCCGUUGGAAAAAAAAGAUUAACUGCAAUUUUCAAAGUUUUCACAUUGUGACAAUAAGAAUAAUUUUCUCAACAAAGCAUAAAAGGUAGAAAUUCCUAGUGCUUGUUAAGCAAAAUGGAUUGAACAAGAAACAUGUUGGCAUGUUCUUUUGGAGUUGAAAGACUUGAUUGAGGAAGAAUGCACUUCAGUUUCUUCUUUGGUCAAAAAUUAAAAUCACAUUGAAGAUUGCCUUCAUACAUUUAUUUGUACUUUUAUUAAUAAUAUCUUGUUAGCUUUUACUCAAUCAGGCAACCACUGUGAUUGCAAGACAUGCUAAGUAUCUAAACAUUUUACAUAAACUGUAUUUCUGAAAAAGACAGCUCUGUUCUGAGUUUUUUGUCACCAGUUUUUUUUAACAGUUCUGCAAAUAUUUUUUCCUUCUCUCAAUUAAACCAAGAGAGUGUUUAUUGCAAGUGUGAUAUUUUACUGCAUAAAUGCAAGUUUCUGAAUCCUCCAUGGUUUUACUAGAAAAUUUAAAAACUGCAUUUUAUAUUUUAGGAUGUUAUAAAAUUACAUCUGCUAUUUCUAAUGUAAUGAAAAUGUAAUCCAUUUUGUUUUGUUUUUUUUUUUAAUCAGAAAAGGGGGGAAUUAAGAAACUUAAUCAAGUUCUUCUGAAAUAGUUGUAUUGGGAGGACUUGUUGGUUGCUCCAGUAUCUCACUGGGCACCAUUUCUGUCAUUUCCUUUUCCUCGGGCUUUCGCAGAGGAAAGGUUACCUCGGGCUCAGGACAGAAGAGGAAUUCAUACAAGAAGCCAGCAGCCACUGCUCCCAUCAUAGGUCCAACCAA